CCGGGAUAGAUUUUACUAGUUAAGUGGAAAGGGGAAAGCGAAAGUGUUUUACUGCGUUUUAACUGAUACGAAAUCUAAUAAAAUCUUUUGAUCAUUAAAACAGACGCGUAAAGGGAAAUUUGAAACACAGCAGAAGAUGGAAAAAUCCCUAUCAGAGGACUGGCGGCGCGGCAAGCACCUGUCUGCCUGUAUGGUAGAGCUGUUUGACAGAGGCCUCUGGACAGAUGUAAAAUUUCACAUCAAGAGUGACGAAGGAGAGGAAACUAUCCAAGCCCACAAAAUUGUGCUAGCUUCAAGAAGUCCCGUGUUUCAGGCAAUGUUCUUUGGGCUUUGCGCUGACGGAAAAGAUGAAGUUAAACUGAAAGACACAGAAAAAGAAAUAUUUCUUUUAUUUCUAAGGUACCUUUACAGCGACGAGGUAACAUUGACGAAGGAGAAUGCUUUUGCAGUUUUGGAAAUCGCCCACUACUACCAAGUUUCAAGCCUGGUACAGUUCUGCACUGACUACUUGGCAACCGUUAUAACAACAAAUAAUGCGUGUGAAACUUUAACAUUUGCAAUGUUUUAUAAACUUACAAGUUUAAAAGAUGCAUGUUGUUCUUUUAUUGACAAUCAUGCAGAACAAGUUCUACAGUCGGAGGGAUUCAUGAAUUUAUCGGACGACUGUCUCCUGUACAUUCUAAAAGGUGACACACUUUAUGCCAAAGAAGAAGAUAUUCUGGAAGCUGCAGACACUUGGUCUAGAAGGAUCGUUGUAGCGAGUGGCAUGGAAGAAAAUGGCACAAACAUCCGUAAAGUGCUUGGUGAAUCAUUUUACUUCUUAAGGUUACCAACAAUGACCUAUAAAAAGUUGCUGGACUUCAUAAGUAGAAAAGGUUAUUUCUCUGUGGAGGAAUAUGCCGAUAUUGCGGCUCGUGCAGUUGAAAUACCUGACAUAUGCGUGUCUACGAAUUCCUGUGUAGCACGGGUGCCAGAAAGAGAGAUACUUACGGUGAACCCGCAAGACGGAAAAUUGGUGGUUUUAAACGAUGUUAACAUUUCAUUUACGAUAUCCGUAACGAAGAAUGUUUUGCUUUCAAAUUUUGUGAUUGGUGAAAUUCAUCCAUAUAUGAAAAUCGCAAAAGACGUUUACACGGCUGAAGGUUGUUCCGGGCGCUAUAUCGGAUCAGUUCGUCAUUACAGAAAGUUUGAUAACGCAUUUGAUUAUGAUGAGUAUGUAAAUAAAAUGAUAACAUUAACAACUCUUGAUAGGCCGAAUAAUACUAAUUACUACGUCACAGUUUUGGCUAAAGUAGACGGCUGUGCUCUUCCAGACUAUCUCGGUCUAAGUAUAUCAGGCAGUGUCGGCAUCAGAGAUCUAGAAUGUAAAUCGACAUUUGAGGUACAGCAAUCACAGCUAGCAGUAGGAAAUGUAAACCUCCACCGGCCGUUAUUGUUGCAAAAGAGAAGUACACCAUAUAUUGUGGAUUUUAAUCUCCGUUACAGCUGUAAUAAUAACUUACACCUAAAAGCAAGAACCAGUAACAGCACACAAACGUUUUGCAACGAAACUGGAAGCAUUCAAAUAUGUAAUGUUUCCGGUGCCUUUGCAGGCAUCAGAAGUGUCGGAUUUGUGAAUUUUUCAAAUCGUGAUGUUGACAAACAUGACACUGAUUCUGAAAUAAUUAGCAUGAAGAACGAAGAAAUUGAGCAAAACAAAUAAAAUCACUUCCUACAUACGAUUUUAAGCAGUCUGCGUUUCAACAAAUUUGCUUGAAUGAACUUUAAACAAACAUCGAGGUCUGCACGCGAAGCAAUUGUUACUGUGUAUAAAUAAAUAAUGAUAGCUCCGCGCUGAAUAAGUGAACAGAACAGACAUCUACAUGUAUUUGUUUUAAAAUGCACAUUUACUAAUUAUUGAAGCAUGUCUACAUCUUAAGAUAAUUACAGAGAUACAAGUAUUGUAUAUUCAUGUAUCUUCUUUUAGUAUGUAACAAAAACUGUUGGAAAUAAAAACAAUAAAAAUCAUCUCCUCCCCUGCCAAAGACUUCAAAGAAUUCAAAAAGAGUUACAUUCUUUGUCGCUAGAAUUUAAUACAUGAAAAUAACGUCAGACUUAAAACAUGAUAAAAGAAUGUUUACCAGUGCUAGCAUCUGUGACAGCUUGAACGAAAGCAAUAUGAUCGCCAUGUUUUAGAAAGUUAACUUUGAUUUUUUUUAUCUCAAAAUGGUAGUAUUAAUUAGAACAAGAAGAACAUAACAUUCUUGAACUAAUUAUGUGUCUACCGGUAGGAUUACGAAAACUAAACAAAAGAAAAUAAAAAUGAUGUACAAUAAUCUAGAUAGAAGUUUAUAAUACU